GUCUAAAAACAGAACCAGGUGCAAGCAGCUGUACACAAGAGAGACACCGUGACCACGGCAGGUAACAACUAUUUAAAAAACAGAAGGACAAAUGGCCAACAAUUCCUCCGCAAACCUUUCCCCUGCUUCCUACCUGUACGGCAUCAUAGGCUCAGCAGACCACAUCAUCAGCAUCCCUGUUAACUGCUGGUCGGUGUGGCUGAUUGCCUCCGGAAACAAGAACCUCUUCGAAUCUGAAUUUUUAACUCUCCACCUGGUGUCCCUGGAAUUAGGAUUUUCUUUGUGUUUUUUUCUGUCGCUGCCAUGCAUUUUAUUCAAGUAUAGAUUUCUUGUCCCUCUGAUAGACUUUUAUCAUGGAGGAUCUGCAGCAGGAAGAGCUCUGUUUCAGUGCCACAUCUGUGUGGAUCGCUACAUGGCAGUUGUCCAUCCUUUGCUCUUCAUCAGGUACAAAAAAAUAAGGUACAGGGGGGCCUGCCUUGCAGCUGUCUGGCUGUUGGUUUUGUUAUUUGGACUUUCCAGUCGCUUCAUGCCCAUGGAUACAGAUCUGGUUACCACAGGUUUAAGUUUUCUUCUGGCCCCCGCCCUCUCCAUUGAACUCUUCUGCAGUCUGUCCAUCCUCAGGAUCCUGAAAAGGUUUGGCCCAGGGGACAAGAAGGCUUGCGAGAAAAAAGGAGGGAGCAAGCAGAAGAUGAGAGCCAUGAAGAUCAUCUGCCUUGCUCUUGCUAUGCUAAUUGUCAAUAUGGCCCCAUUCCUUACAUUAAGUUUGUUCAUCAACCAUGGGGAACCUGUGGAUAUGAUCACUAUAGCUUUCAUUAUAUCCAGUCUCGGAAGUUCGGCGCAAGCGUUCUUAUUUCUCAACAGGGCUGGGAAGCUCAAAUCAUAACAACCCAAGUCAAAUAUUAACAAGACCAUUCUCCUGACUUUGACAAAGAUGGUGUUCUUAUGAUACAAUAUAUCUAGAAUAUAGUUGUUUGUGUGUGUUACAAGAAGCUUUAAAAGUCAAGUGAGAAAAAGUAAUAAUGAUCCAUUUCUUAAAGUCUGACCUAUAUCUUCUUCUCUCUUGUUUGUGAAUGAAGAGCAGUUUUUAAAAACUGUUUU